AUGGAACGAAGCGCCGCCGCCGAUUAUUCAGGUUUGCCUUCGCCAUAUCCUAGCAACUUUGGCGACUCGCGGUCUGAAGGUUCAUUAUCAGAUCCGUCGUCUGCUCAGCAGUACACGUCGCAGUCCGAGGUUCGCCCCAGUGGUUACUCCACCACGGCUACUCCCACGUCCGAGUACAGUGGUUACCCUGCUUCGGCGCGGUCAGGGUCUUUUCCAGAGCAUCAUCUCCAGCGCGCAUACCACCCGUCAGGUGUCGGUGGCUCCAGUAUGGCGCAAACACCCACAAGUCCGUCCAUGCCUUUGCAAGAUGGACGCAACCAUCAAAAUCCCCAGCCAGACCACCAGCAAAUCAAAUCUGACAAUGAUGUACCCAUAGACCCUAGCAUAGCAGCUCCGAGCCCUACGCAGUACGCGUACCCACCACAAAGCCCUUACGGUCAGCACCCGCAAGACAUGGCUCAUGGGUACGGGCACCAAAAUGUCUACGCGCAACCACGACCAGAUUGGACUGGGUACGGACAGCCCGGCGCGCCCAUCACGCCAGGCCAUCACGUCUUCCCGCAGACUCCGACUACUGCCUCUACCAGGCCCAACCAGGUCUACAGCUUUGUGCCCAUACCUGGGGCGCAGCAGCACAAGCGACCGAGACGACGAUACGAGGAGAUUGAGCGCAUGUACAAAUGCGGAUGGAACGGUUGCGAGAAGGCAUACGGCACUCUGAACCAUCUCAAUGCUCACGUCACCAUGCAAUCCCAUGGUCAGAAGCGGAUUCCUGAAGAAUUCAAGGAGAUCCGCAAGGAGUGGAAGGCGCGCAAGAAGGCCGAAGAGGCCGAGCGCAAAGCGCGCGAGGAGGAACAGCAACGGACGGCGCAGGCACAGGGACAGAACGACCCCCAAGGAGGGCACGACGGGCAGCAGCCUGCAGUCACUCAGUACGGAGGAGCUCGUUUGCCGCCCAUUGGGUACCAGCCCACGCAGUAUCCAGCGCCGCCCAACGUGUCAAUGGCCAACGAGUACAGCAGCAACUAUAUCGCUACUGGCGGCUACAAUCCGACAUCACCUUACCAGCAGUCCCACCAACAGGUGUAUGGCCAACCGAACGGUGGUCAGUCUAACCACUGA